AUGGCAGAAAUACCCGUGAUCAUUGGCGUGGGCGAUGUCAAGAACCGCGACAUCAACGACGCGAAAGAGCCGGCAACGCUGAUGCUCGAGGCCAUCGAAAUUGCUCUCAAAGAUGCUUCACCAAGCUCUGUGUCAGAACUGAAAUCCGCAAUCGACAGCAUAGACGUCGUGAAGACAUGGACAUGGCCGUAUCCUGAUCUGCCCAGCUUACUGUCGGAGAAGCUAGGCAUACAGGACACAGUCAAGUGGAAGAGAUACUCCGAGCACGGCGGCAACCAACCAGGAAAGCUUUUCGAUGAAGCCGCGAAACGGAUCGCUAGGGGAGAAUGCAAAGUUGCGCUUAUCACAGGAGGUGAAGCACUGGCGUCACUCUCUGCGUGUGCAGCAGCCAAGAAACUCCCUCCACCGGGCUGGACAGCACCAUCAUCAGCUGUAGACUCGGUCUUCACGCCGACAGGCCGCGAUCUGGGAAACAACCUUGGUGCCAUCCAUAAAAUCGGCGCACCCAUACACGUUUACCCCCUGUAUGAGAAUGCUUUCCGUGCACAUCGAGGGCAGAGCUUGAAAGCCAAUAACGAAGAGAGCGCCGAGCUGUACGCCGAGUUCAGCAAAAUAGCUUCUGGUCAAGAAUAUGCAUGGAGCCAGGGGAAAAGCAACGAUGCAAAGACGAUUGAUCCACUCCUGAUGAACGCAUUCAACACCGUCAACCUCGCGGGCGCCAUCCUCCUCACCUCCACCUCGCAGGCAGCAACCCUCUCGAUCCCACCCUCGCAAUGCAUCUACCCGCUCAGCGGGGCCGGAACAAGCGAGGCACCCACCUUCUGGCAGCGACCAAACUUCCACAGCGCGCCCUCAAUAACGCAGUCCCUAACCGCCGCACUAGCAGCGUCAAACACGGCACCAUCCGACCUCCAUCUCAUCGACAUCUACUCGUGCUUCCCCAUCGUGCCGAAGCUGGCCGCCGCCGCGCUCGAGCUGCCGCUUGUCCGCGGCCCCAUCCCACUCACGCUGCUCGGCGGCCUGACGAGUUUCGGAGGCGCCGGGAAUAAUUACAGCAUCCACGCGCUCACGGAGAUGACGCGCCAGCUGCGUGCGCGCAGGCCCAAAGCCGCAAAGGGGCUGGUGCUGUGUAAUGGCGGCGUGCUGAGUUAUCAGUACGUCGUCGUGCUGGGCACGGAACCGAGGGGGUCGGCGUAUCCAGUGGGAGAUGCGCUGCCGGAGUGGGUGAGCGAUGUGGAGGUGCCGGAUUUGGCGGAGCGGGCUGAAGGGGAGUGUCUUGUUGAGACAUACACCGUCGAGUUCAAUCGCGACGGAUCGCCGUUGCGCGGUUAUGUUGUAGGGCGGCUAAAGAGUGAUGACAAGCGGUUCCUUGCGAAUCAUGGCAAUGACAGUACGCUGAGACAGAUGGCCGAGGGCGCAGGAGAGAUUGUGGGUAAGUCUGGGUGGGUCUGGCAGGACAAGAAGACAAAAGGGAGAGGGCUAUUCGCGUUCGAUAAGCCGGCGAGGUUAUGA